AUGCAAUGUCUUCAGGCAGCUCGCAACAAUUGCAAGAUUCUCCUAGGUCUUUGGAAUUACGACAAGAUCGAAGAUCAUGAUGCGGCCCUCUACUCUCGGACGAGAGAGCUUCUUCGAGAGAUGGCCCGCGUCGGUAACCCCGCUGCGAAAGACCACGACGCAUUGCUAUCCGAUGUCGAGGCGAUGGUUAUGAGGGUUCAAGAAGAGCAGCGGUUGGCCGAGCAGACGAGCACGGAGAUCGAAACGCCCAAUGAGAAUUUGAGCUUUUCCGACUUCAUGUUCGCGGACAUGGGCAGCGAGCAACAGAUCUGGUGCGACACGGAUUGGGAAAACAUACUGAGCUCGUAUACCCAAGGAAUUUAA